CUCUCUCUCUCUCAUAUCUUCCACUCCACCCACUAUGGAUGCCCUGCUCUUCCGCACCGCCACCGCACCGUCGCCGCCCCCCAUGGCCAACAAGCGCCCCUGCCCCUCCUCCUCGCCGUCGCCAGCGGCGGCACUGGCGGCGGCGGCGGCGGCGGCGGCGGCGGCCUCGUCGUCGUCGUCGUCGUCGUCGUCGGCCUUCGGCCAAAUCGACCACCUGUUCGACGCCUUCCUCUCCCUUGCCGAUUCCUUCCCCUCCUCGUCCUCCUCCUCGUCCUCGUCCUCCUUAUCCUCAUCCUCAUCCUCAUCGUCGUCCUCCUCCCGCUCGCACUCCAUCGACCUCUCCUUCGACCGGCUCCUCGACGCGAGGACCUCCGAUCGGGACCAGGCGCUGCUCAUCGACCGGGCCCUGCGGCUCGGCUCCGCCAUCACCGAGGCCGCCCGGCGCUCCGCGAGGAAGCGCGCCGCCAAGCACAAUUCCGUCGCGUGGGCUCUCCCUCCGGAUCUCACCACUAAGGUUUUCUCGAUGCUCGAUUCACAAAGCCUAUGCUACGCAGCAGCAACUUGUUCACUGUUUAACAAGUGCGCCAUGGAUCCUUUAUGCUAUACCAAUAUUGACCUGACAACAGUUGUCCCGAAGGUUAAUAAUGCCGUUGUGUCUACAAUGAUUCAAAGAGCCGGAAGAGCCCUUCAGUCAUUGAAGCUUGGUAUAGUCCCGGGCCCAACCAUGUCACCUGGAUCUUCUCAACCAUUAGUCUAUACAAUAAGGAGUUCCGUUGACGUCUCCAACUUUUCAUGGAAUGAUAAGAAGACCAGACAAGGGAAAGAGUCACCCAUCUUGACCAGGACAUGCUUAAGCCCUUUGAGUGCCGAUGGCAGUGCUGCAGGGAUAUUGUUGAGAAGAUUGCACUUGUACAACAUUGAAAGAAUGGAUAGUGCAUCACUUUGUACGGCUUUAUCAGUAUGCUGCUCUCUAGUUGAUCUGGAAAUUGUUGGCCUGCAUGUUGAAUUGAGACAAUUGUUGACUUCUGUGGGCUUAAAUUGUCCUUUGAUAGAACGUUUGUUCUUUGAGUCUUCAAAAACAGGUAGAGAUGACAGUUUGAAAUCACCAACUUGUGUUGAGCUAGUCAACAGGUGUCCUCAUAUGACUUCAUUGUCUCUAAGAGGGUUUAAGCUCCAUGAUUGCAAAGUUAGAACACUUGUUAAGGGAUUUCGAAAGCUACGAUAUGUUGACUUUUCAACAUCCUACUCAAUUACUGGAAAUUUUCUGAGAAAUCUUGGCAGCACUUCAACUGGAACUUUACUGGAAGUCCUGAUUUUACGGGACUGUAUGCAUCUCAAAGAGAUGGAGGUUGCUCGGUUUUUGACUGCUGUUCUUGCUGGAGAUUUCAAGUGUCUAAGACACGUUGACAUAUCCAAUAAGGAAGGAUUAGCUUCUGAAGGUGACUGGUAUAACAGAAGUUACACUUCAAGUGUCAUCCCAUUCAAAGAGGUAGUGGAAGGAAGGCCGGACAUUUGUUUACUAGCAGAUUUUCCAUCAGAGGGGGGAAGUUUUAGCGAGAUGGAACAAAUUAUUGAUAGUGACCUCAAUAGCGAGAUUGGGCUGCCGUUACAUCAUAAUGGUCACAUAUCAGAUAGUUCUUUAUUUAUGAGUUCAUCUGAAAGCAGCUACAAUAGCGAUCAAGGCAGUGGUAAUGAGGAUAGCCGUGAUUCCAGCUACCUAAUCUACGAGGAAAGUUCAGAUGAGCUGGACUAUUUUCCCAUCUAGGAAAUGCCUUAAGUAAAGAAAAGUUUGAAGAUUAUGCACAAAAACAAAAUGUUCUGCAACAAGCUCUUUAUCUAGCUAUCCAAGUCGAUGGUGCCAUUUUGGUCAAGUUUUAACUGCCGAUGGCUGCGGAUAUGAAGGAACGCCCAAACCCCAGGUUGGUAUGCCUGUUGCCUGAACUCCGGAAGUUUGUAUAUGGAUAAAUGCCGGAAAGCUAGAAUUUAAUUAGCGACGUGUUCCCUGGUCCCUAUCUCUCCUAUGCAAAAGUGUCAUCCACCGUUAUUGGAUGCAUGACUCGUGACUGAUGUUUUGGUUUUUUCCUUUUAUAUUUUUUCUUUUUCACGGCGCUUUUAUUUUUAGCUAUUUCAAUCCUGUAAUGGUUGUGGAUAAUCGAAGUGUUGUCAAUCGUCUCAUAAUUGCAAUUCGACCGCUAUUCAAUGGUUAGUUUGCUUCUUGAGAUGGAGCAAGCUGUGAAGUCAAUGUCUGUUUUGCUCUAAUAAAUUGAAACUAAUUUCCUCUAGGAUGACAUUAUAGUGUCACCCCGGAAA